AUGACCGAUGUUGUAGCCUCGACCGAGGCGUACACCAAGGCUCUCCUGCACUGCUACAAGUACCCCUCCCACGCGGUACUUGGCUUCCUCGUGGGGAAACGCACGGGUGCCGGCAAUGCGUCGCGUUACGUGAGUGACGUCUACCCGCUCUUCCACACGAUCCUCAUGGGGUCCCCCCACCCGAUGUUGGAGGUGGCCUACGCGCACUGUCAGUCCUCCGCGAAGACCAACGGCCUCUCCCUCCUCGGCGUCUACCUCGCGAACGAGCGGCGGACCGAUCGUAUGCUUUCCCCAUGCCAAACGCAGCCCCUACUGGGGUAUUUUGCGGCCCGGCUUGGGGGGUCGCUCCUGGUGUGGUUUGUCGACAACGACAGCCUCACGGGGCCGCCGACGGCGCGCUCGAUCACCGCGUUUGAGUACGCGGCGGGCACCGGCGCGACGGUACCGUCGCCGGUACCCCGGCCGAGUGAGAUGCCCGCCGCGGCGUGGUUGUCGUUUGGCGAGUGGAACUCGGAUACGUUGUCAGCAGAUAAGCCCGUCGCCGAGGAGGCCGCGUUGGAGUCGGUCAACAACGCCCUCGAGGCGUUUGCCCAGUUCAAGCUGGCAGACUUCGAAGACCACCUGGAGGAUCCGCGGCUUGAUUAUAUUGUCCAGCCCUUGGCGUCGCUUAUGAAUCGUCAGUAA